CGGCGUCUCGCGAGAGGCAGGCGGCGGCGGCCGGGCUCCGGAGCGGCGGCAGCAUGGCGUCCGUGGGCACCCUCGCCUUCGACGAGUAUGGGCGCCCCUUCCUCAUCAUCAAGGACCAGGACCGCAAGUCCCGGCUCAUGGGGCUGGAGGCGCUCAAGUCCCACAUCAUGGCAGCCAAGGCGGUCGCGAACACCAUGAGGACCUCGCUGGGCCCGAACGGGCUGGAUAAAAUGAUGGUGGACAAGGACGGCGACGUGACCGUGACCAACGACGGGGCCACCAUCCUGAGCAUGAUGGACGUCGACCACCAGAUCGCCAAGCUCAUGGUCGAGCUGUCCAAGUCCCAGGACGACGAGAUUGGGGACGGGACCACGGGGGUCGUCGUGCUGGCGGGGGCGCUGCUGGAGGAGGCCGAGCAGCUGCUGGACCGAGGCAUCCACCCCAUCCGCAUCGCCGACGGCUACGAGCAGGCCGCCCGCAUCGCCAUCGAGCACCUGGACCAGAUCAGCGACAGCGUGGUGGUGGACCUGAAGGACACAGAGCCCCUGAUCCAGACGGCCAAGACCACGCUCGGCUCCAAGGUGGUGAACAGCUGCCACCGGCAGAUGGCGGAGAUCGCCGUGAACGCCGUCCUCACCGUGGCGGACAUGCAGCGGCGAGACGUCGACUUCGAGCUCAUCAAGGUGGAGGGCAAGGUGGGGGGGCGGCUGGAGGACACCAAGCUGAUCAAGGGCGUCAUCGUGGACAAGGACUUCAGCCACCCGCAGAUGCCCAAGAAAGUGGAGAACGCCAAGAUCGCCAUCCUCACCUGCCCCUUCGAGCCGCCCAAGCCCAAGACCAAGCACAAGCUGGACGUGACAUCCGUGGAGGACUACAAGGCCCUGCAGAAGUACGAGAAGGACAAGUUCCAGGAAAUGAUCCAGCAGAUCAAAGACACGGGCGCCAACCUGGCCAUUUGCCAGUGGGGCUUUGACGACGAAGCGAACCACUUGCUUCUGCAGAACGAACUGCCCGCCGUCCGCUGGGUGGGAGGCCCCGAGAUCGAGCUGAUCGCCAUCGCCACCGGGGGGCGCAUCGUGCCUCGCUUCUCGGAGCUGACGCCUGAGAAGCUGGGCUUCGCGGGGCUGGUGAAGGAGAUCUCCUUCGGGACCACCAAGGACAAGAUGCUGGUCAUUGAGCGCUGCAAGAACUCCAGGGCCGUGACCAUCUUCAUCAGGGGUGGCAACAAGAUGAUCAUCGAGGAGGCCAAGCGGUCCCUCCACGACGCGCUGUGCGUCAUCCGGAACCUCAUCCGCGACAACCGCGUGGUGUACGGCGGGGGCGCCGCUGAGAUCUCCUGCGCCCUGGCGGUCAGCCAGGCGGCAGAUAAGUGCCCCACGCUGGAGCAGUACGCCAUGCGGGCCUUCGCCGACGCGCUGGAGGUCAUCCCCAUGGCCCUCUCGGAGAACAGCGGCAUGAACCCCAUCCAGACCAUGACCGAGGUGCGCGCGCGGCAGGUGAAGGAGAUGAACCCCGCCCUGGGCAUCGACUGUCUGCACAAGGGCACCAACGACAUGAAGCAGCAGCACGUCAUCGAAACCCUGAUUGGCAAAAAGCAGCAGAUCUCGCUGGCCACGCAGAUGGUCAGGAUGAUCCUGAAGAUCGACGACAUCCGCAAGCCUGGCGAGUCUGAGGAGUAGAGGGGGCUUGGGGGCUGUAGCUGGAGGAGCCGCUGCUGUGACUGAGUAAAGGGGCGUGUGUGGUGCCGUGCUGGCCCUGGCUGCCUGCGGACGUGCUUCCCACUUGCCUGUUGUGUUUGUUACAUUCAAGGGAGCUCUAGAGGCCCUUUGUCUUCCCGGUUAAAUAAAUAGGUAACAGUUGAA